GGUUUAUCAAUUUACUAACAAAUCUAAUCAAUCUCGAUGUCGUGUCGGAGUACACGUUCCCGAUCUACUAAGAUCACACUGAAUGAGCCAGUAGAACAAACAAGGAAGAUCACCGAUGUGUUCAAGGUAACUAGAGGGCGCGGAAAGGCGCAGAAAAAAAUUCUUAGCGAUGGAGUUUCUACACAUUCUUCAAAGAUCCUGCAGGAAACGAUUGUUGAUGUACAGUCGUCUACAAGCACCAUACCACCAAGCAUAGUGUCUGAAAGCGCAUGUUCUCCUCCAAAAAGAGCAAAGAAGAAUACCGAUGCAACCAUAGUCCGUAGUGCGCGAAAAGUGCUUUUCAAUCUUCCGGUUAGUAAUGAAGCGAUUAACCCACCCAAGCAAGAGAAUGUGGAGGAGAACCAAGAAGAUGAAAUGCAAAUAAAACAAGAACGUGAAUCUGUUCCCGCCGAGAAAUCCACGUCUGAAGCAAAGACGGAGAGAGUGGAGGUUGCUACCAUGGGAGACUCUUCUAACGUUGUAGUGGAAAAGAAGGAUAUAGUGACAAAUCCUUUAUUGGCAAAAGCCGAAGAGUUAGGCAACAAACUCGCUUCAGUUGGAACGCAAAACAAAGUCCGCAGUAAGGUACGAACCGUAGCUGAACUGCAAGCCAUGUUGGCAGAGAAAGCGGGACUCCAGAAGUUACAUGAGCAGUCGCAAAAGAAUAAAUCUAAGCAGGUGGAGGAUCAUGUACAUCUGCUCAAGUCUCCUGUCAAAGCUGUUCCAGUUGGCAAAGCUGUGGUGGCAAAAAGCAAGGCAAGACAUACGAAAGAACGGACCAAGCCCUCUGUGUCCAAUGUGCCCGAGUACGUGCUUCCCACACAUGUCACACCCGCGAAAAGGGAAGCUGUCGAGGAAGAUGAAAUUGAGGAGAAAAGACAUGUCUUUGAGUAUGGCAAGGCAUCACGGCUCAUAGAAGAAGUGAAAAACAACUCUACUCUGCCUCUGCCCUUACAGUAUGAGCGACUUUUGGAAAGCUUCCAAAGCUGUGACAGGGUCGUUUCGAUAUACACGACGCAGGGACGAAGAUGUGUAGUUUCUGAGAUACAGAAGAAUGUGGAGAAGAACACUCAAAUUAGUUUUACCCGUAAGAAUCUGGCUCAAAUCGUGCACGUGUAUCCAACAAGUUAUGAUUUACGUUUGGAGAAACGUUGGAAUCCAUUCGGCGGCGAAUCAAAAUGCGGAAAAUUCGAUUUGGUUAUGUCUGCCAACCUUACUGACGAUUUAACGGGAUACAUGCUACCUGAUACGCCAGUGAAGGUUGAAGAACCUCCGCUACCCGGGGUUACUCCUAAUAAGCUACUUUCACCCAGAAAGAAAGUUGUAAACGUUGUUCCGAGAGAUCCUAUUCUUGAUGCUAGGCCUCGACUUGAAGGCUGGCGGAUGACUUGCCGCAGCCAUAUCUUCCGACACAAACUUGUAGAGAUUGCUAAACACUUCCACAAGAAGUUUAUGGAAAAGAUUGGCCUAUUCAUGAGCGAAACUGAGUAUUCCAAGUUGAGACGAUUCCACCCGAAAUUUGAUUUGGACACGGAAUGCGAGCGAAUACCGGAGGCGGAAAUCCCUGACGUUCCUCAAGACAACGUUGACCGUCAUCUUCAAAUGAGAGAUUAUCUAGCGACGGUGGACAAUAGCGUUCCUCUGCCGAGCAGUGUUGAUAAUGUACUAGAGGAGCUGAAAAGCCCAGUAAAGAAGGUCAUCAGCUCAGCAACGGCCGUUCCUCUUUCUCCUCGGCAAUUCGCUGAAAAACAAGCGUCCAAACCUAAAGGAGCGAUGUCUUUAAUGGAAAGAAUACGUGCCAAAGAGGAGGCUAAGAAAGCUGCUGAGAAGUUGCGCGAUCCAACCACUGAUAGGAGAGUUGAGCUCUUGCAACGAAUUUUGCAUGGGCUUUUGAGAUGCAUCACAACGUAUUUUGCCUUCAAGAAAGUUCGCUCUAUGGAAAUAAAUAUUUUAUCUGAACAGAUCAAUAAGAGUCAGUCAGCAAUGAAUCGCGCUUUGGUGAUCGAACAUGUGACUUUACUCUGCGAGAUUGCUCCAAACAUGGUUAUACUCACUGAGAUUUCUGGGAAGAAGUAUCUACGAUUGGAGCAAAAUGAUUACUCGACGCUGGAGAAGGUUGUGAAAGAUGAGCUAGCUCGUCUACAAAAUGAUCAGCAACAAAAGAUUGCCGGACUGAAUGUGGACAGCAAGAAGCCAGCGGCGAGAGCCCUAUUCUGACUGCUCAGCAUGCCUAUAUUGUGUAAGCCCUCUAACAUACUGCAGUCUUUAUUGCGCAUUAUCUCUGCCACUUUACACGAUUCUAACAUUGACUUUGGAUUUUAUCAUAUCACUUUCUAGUUUACGCAUGAUUUCUUUUCUAUCUUGGUCAUUUAGAGUCUCUAGGAGACAGACUUAUCUU